AUGGGAAUAUACAGCAACAGCUUAAAUUUUGAGUUGUUAGAGCAAGUAGGAAUGAUUGAGCGUCAUACUGGGAGCUUGCCUUCCAGCUACAGUUUUAUUCUGAGCAUUAGUGAAGAGGAAGCCAGGGUGAAGGCUUUGAACGAGUACCUGAGCACUCGUAGUUAUAUCCAGGGGUUCACAUUUUCACAUGCAGAUGUGGAGGUAUUCAGAAAGUUUUCGGGACCACCUGUGGACCAGUAUAUCCAUGUUGUCCGGUGGUACAGACACAUAGAAGCAAUCUAUGAUGGCAGCAGUGAAAAAAAUGAGCCUUGUAAACUUCAAACAAGUAAAGGCAAGCGUGUGCAGCCCUCCUGGUCUCCUCCCGAAGGAACAAAACAUUCUACGCUCUGUCUCUACAACAGCCUGACUCGCAAUAAGGAAGUAUUUCAGCCUCAGAAUGGAAAAAAGGUCUUGUGGUAUUGCUGUGGUCCAACAGUUUAUGAUGCUUCUCACAUGGGACAUGCCAGGUCCUACAUCUCAUUUGAUAUCCUGAGAAGAGUCCUGAGAGAUUAUUUUAAAUAUGACGUUUUCUAUUGUAUGAAUAUUACGGAUAUUGAUGAUAAGAUCAUCAAGAGAGCAAGACAAAAUCACCUUUUUGAACAAUAUAGAGAGAACAAAUCAGCACCAGCUCAGCUGCUUGAAGAUGUUAAAACUGCCUCAGAGCUCUUUUCAGUUAAAUUAAAUGAGACAACAGACCCAGAUAAAAAGCAAAUGUUGGAAAGAAUUCAAAAUGCUGUGAAGUCUGCUUUUGACCCUCUACAAGAAGCUGUGCAAAUGAAGCUCCCUGCAGAAGAGAUCAACAGAUGUCAUGAGGUGCUGUUGGAAGAAGCCAAAGAUUUGCUGUCUGACUGGUUGGACACAAAAUUUGGCAGUCAGGUGACUGACAAUUCCAUAUUCUCAAAGCUCCCCAAAUUCUGGGAGGGGGAAUUUCAUAGAGAUAUGGAAGCGCUCAAUGUUUUACCUCCAGAUGUUUUAACACGGGUUAGCGAAUAUGUGCCAGAAGUUGUGGAUUUUGUGAAAAAGAUUGUGAAUAAUGGUUAUGGGUAUGUGUCCAAUGGAUCUGUAUACUUUGAUACUAUGAAGUUUGAUUCCAGUGAAAAACACUCCUAUGCUAAGUUGGUUCCUGAAGCUGUAGGUGAUCAAAAAGCUCUUCAAGAGGGUGAAGGUGACCUGAGCAUCUCAGCUGAUCGCUUAAGUGAGAAGCAUUCUCCAAAUGAUUUUGCUUUGUGGAAAUCCUCCAAGCCAGGAGAACCCUCAUGGGACUCUCCGUGGGGAAAGGGUCGUCCAGGUUGGCACAUUGAAUGUUCCGCGAUGGCUGGAUCCAUUCUAGGAGAGUCGAUGGAUAUUCAUGGAGGAGGGUUUGAUCUCCGAUUUCCCCACCAUGACAAUGAACUGGCACAGUCUGAGGCAUACUUUGAAAACGAUCACUGGGUUCGGUAUUUUCUGCAUACUGGGCACUUAACAAUUGCUGGCUGUAAAAUGUCCAAAUCUUUGAAGAAUUUCAUUACCAUAAAAGAUGCACUGAAGAAACAUACAGCACGACAGUUACGGUUGGCUUUCCUCAUGCACUCUUGGAAGGAUACACUGGAUUAUUCAAAUAAUACCAUGGAGUCAGCUAUUCAGUAUGAGAAGUUUAUGAACGAGUUCUUUUUAAAUGUGAAGGAUAUUCUUCGAGCUCCCACUGAUGUGACAGGCCAGUUUCAGAAAUGGGAAAAUCAGGAAGCAGAGCUGAACAAAAAUUUUUACGACAAGAAGGCAGCAAUUCAUGAAGCACUGUGUGACAAUAUUGACACUCGCUCUGUCUUAGAAGAGAUGCGUUCGUUAGUCAGUCAGAGUAACUCCUAUAUUGCUGCAAAGAAAUCUUCCAGACAAAUGCCAAACAGACUUCUUUUAGAAAACAUCAGUUCCUAUCUCACUCAAAUGCUGAAGAUUUUUGGUGCCAUAGAAAGUGAUGACGCAAUUGGUUUUCCUGUUGGAGGGAAUAGUCAAAACAUGAAUAUUGAAUCUACAGUGAUGCCAUACCUACAAGUUCUUUCUGAAUUCAGAGAAGGAGUACGACAAAUUGCCAGAGAGAAGAAAGGUGAGAGUUCAUUUUUUCACAUGUCGUUGCACAUGACACUCCGUGAUGACAUCCUCCCUGAACUUGGUGUUCGAUUUGAAGAUCAUGAAGGACUUCCAACUGUGGUUAAAUUAGUGGAUAAGGAAACAUUAUUGAAAGAAAGAGAAGAAAAGAAAAAGAUUGAAGAAGAGAAAAAAAGGAAGAAAGAAGAAGCAGCCAGGAAAAAACAAGAGCAGGAAGCAGCAAAACAGGCAAAAAUGAAGAUUCCACCACAUGAAAUGUUUAAAUUAGAACAUGACAAAUAUUCCAUGUUUGAUGAAAAGGGAUUUCCCACCCAUGAUGCAGAAGGCAAAGAACUCAGCAAAGGACAAAUUAAGAAGCUAAAGAAACUUUAUGAAGCCCAAGAAAAGCUACACAACGAGUAUCUACAGAAUGGAAGUGCAAAUUGA